AUGUCCGACUUCGACGACCUCAGGGACGACGCCGCCGCCGCCGCCGCCCACCCCGGAGAUGCAGAUGCGGCUGCCUCGGUCGCCGGCGACUCGACCGCCGCCGCCCCUGUCAACCCCCGGAAGCGCAAGAAGUCAUCACGCGCCUGUGACUUCUGCCACGUGAACCAUCAGCCUUGUGACAAUGCAAAGCCACGGUGUGGCUAUUGCGAGAGACACAACAAGUCAUGUCUGUACCUUCGGCCCCAGAAGAAAAGAGGCCCUGCUCAGGGCUACCGGAGUGCUCUGCACACCCUGAGGGAGAGUGCCGCCGCCUGGGGCGCCGCCCUCAACCUCAUCCCAAGCCUGGGCCCGGUCGUUGAGGGCUACCUGAAGCAGCCCGAGGGCAAGAGGCUCGUCAAGGCCAUCAGGGAUCCAGCCCAGCAGGAGUUCUUCAUUCAGGCAUGGCAACAGAGCGGCGUGUUCAAGACCUUCUUCGGCGAUGAGGCAUCAGGGGAAAAACGAAGCAUCACACCAGAUGCCGCUGCGCCUACCUCUACAGCUCCUGGCGCGGUGCCUUCCUUACCGCAACAGUCACUUCUUCCAAACCCUGAGCCGACUCCGGAUCCCAUACCGCCUGCACCAAGCUCUAUUAUAUCACCUUCCCGGCCGCCAGUACCACAACUCGCCCAAACCCCUCAGCUUGACACAAUUCCCAUGCCCAAGUUCGACAGCAGUAACCCCUUCAACUUCGUCCCAACCCCUUCUCCCUCUUCCCAGGAUGGCAACAGCAGACCAAGGCAGCACAGCAUGAGUGGUCGGCCGAGACCCAGAGCAGAGUCAAUAUCGUUAUCUGAUAUAGUGGCAAAGGACGCCGCAAGAUCUUCUCUUGGAUUCACCCAAACCUUAGGCUCACUUGGUUUCGCUCCAAAUGAGACCCUCGAGGAUUUCCUAGACAUGAGCUUCAACCCCGAACCGCUGGAACAACCGCCCGACCAAGAUCCUUUUCUAGGGAGUGAGCAGGAUCAGAAGGCUUACUAUGAACUGCUCAUGGGGAAACGGUUCGGCUGA